AGUGUUUUCUUGUGAAAGUGAAAACCACUUGAUAUGUGCGCUUCUUUCUUCCUCUCUACUCCAGAGUAGGUUUAUACUUUUGCAUAUAUUUCAUAGCGUGAUAGGCGACCAUAUGACCGAUUGUUCCAAUCUGAUUAACGAUCCGUUCAUUUCCAUGCGCACGAGUUCAUGGAUUAGAUGAAGGAUAUUUUUAGGUCAUUUUGGGGUACAACUUUUGCUGUUUUAAUGGCUUGUUUCUAAUCACUAGCGUUUCUAAGUCAUCCCAUAGGUUUUGAAGUAUUUGUGUUCGAUUAGCGGCGUACAAAUGCACCACAGGCAAGUAAACAGUACACAACUCACGUCAGCACGAGAAGAAAGCUACGACACCGGUGCGACAAGGCAGGCGACAGUCUGCUAUUGAAAAAUGGGAGAGAAAGUGCUGAAGACGAUACCACACUGGCCAACGGUACUUGCCAGCACUGGCGACUACUUGGACACGCGAGGACUUUUAGUUCAAGUUCAAAUUCGUCGCGCAGAUGGCGUUCCGUUCGGUGCUGUUCCUGAUCGUGCAGUGUUUGGUGUGGGAAAGUGUAUUUCCUUUCGUGAUGGGCAGCGAAACCAACAGCACAGUCCAAAUACCAGACUUUACCAACGAGAAUCUUACCGCACCGGGGAGAUUUGCUUGGAACGAUAGUCUCAUGAUCGAUCCGAACGGAUUCAUCGGUAAGGCACCUUUGCUGAACAGUGGUGUGUGGAGUUGGAUCACGACCGUCUUCGGUAUGCCGAUCUUUAGUGUAUUUGCGUAUCGGGCAGCGCCUCGGAACUGUCCACCAUGCUCUUGUGGUACGAGCACAAACAACUCAAAGAUUGUCGGAGGUCAUGAAGCCGAAAUCGGGCGUUAUCCAUGGAUGGCAGCACUGUAUUACAGCAACCGGUUCAUUUGCGGCGGAUCCCUGAUCAACGAUCGGUACGUCCUGACGGCGGCACACUGUGUGUUUGGUAGCGAUCGGUCGCUUUUCCGAGUGAAGCUGUUGAUGCAUGAUCGCACCGUACCCAAGGAAGAUUCAUUCGAGCGUAAAGUGUCCUACAUAAUGACUAACUGGUUCUUGAACGUACUUGUGUUCAUUACCAACGACGUUGCGCUGCUAAAGCUGAGUGAACCGGUUCCACUUGGCGAAACGAUAGUACCAGUGUGCUUGCCACCGGAAGGCAAUACGUACGCAGGACAGGAGGGUAUCGUGACUGGUUGGGGUAAACUAGGUGAUGGGACGUUCCCGGUGCGCCUGCAGGAAGUGCACGUCCCGAUCCUGGCCAAUGCAGAGUGCCACAAUCAAACGCAAUACUUCCGGUUCCAGAUCAACGAUCGCAUGAUGUGUGCUGGGAUUCCCGAGGGCGGCAAGGACUCAUGCCAAGGCGAUAGUGGAGGUCCGAUGCAUGUGUUCGAUGCAGAAGCUAACCGGUUCGUGAUUGCGGGUGUCGUAUCAUGGGGCUUCGGAUGUGCCCAGCCCCGAUUUCCGGGUAUAUAUGCCCGAGUAAACCGAUUCAUUUCCUGGAUUAAUUUCAAUACAAGAGAUGCGUCUGAAUGUCAGCAUCAUCUGCAUUUCCUAAUGCGCCAAUUGCGCGUAUCCACCGGAAAGUGUAUGUGUGUUUGGUGGUUUUUUAAGCUUAUCAUGAUAAUGAAUCGAUCCUCGUCCGUUCACUUAAUGGCAAUUUGGGUGCUGAUGCUGACAAUGCUGGCUGCACCAUUAUUGGCCGCUCCUGUCAACAACUCCAGCGAUUCCUGUGAUUGUGUUUGUGGUGUUGGUGGACGCACUAAUCGCAUCGUUGGAGGCACUGAAACCUUCGCACAUCAGUUCCCAUGGUUGGCCGGCCUCUUCCGGCAAGGCAAGCUGUACUGCGGAGCGUCUGUUGUUUCCCGCAAUUUUCUAGUCACGGCCGCACACUGUGUGAAUUCGUUCGAACCAAGCGAGAUUAGGGUUUAUCUGGGUGGCCACAACAUCGCUAAGGAUUAUACCGAGCUACGUCGGGUGAAGCGGAUCAUCGACCACGAGGGCUUUGAUAUCUUCACGUUCAACAACGACAUUGCGCUGCUGGAACUCGAUAAACCACUACGCUAUGGGCCCACUAUUCAGCCAGCUUGUCUGCCGGACGGAAGUAUAAUGGAUUUCACCGGAUCGAUCGGGGUGGUCGCCGGAUGGGGAAGAAUCGAAGAGAAGCGCGCUCCCUCCAAGACGUUACGAGCGGUUGAGGUUCCAAUCUGGUCGCAUGAGCAGUGUCUGGACGCCGGUUACGGAAGCAAGAAGAUCUCUGCCAACAUGAUGUGUGCUGGGUACCACGAUGGCCAGAAGGAUGCCUGCCAGGGUGAUAGCGGUGGUCCGAUGCAUAAGAUGGGUCUGUUUGGCAGCAUGGAAGUGAUUGGUGUGGUUUCGUGGGGACGAGGAUGCGCUCGUCCGAAUUUGCCCGGUAUCUAUACGCGCAUCGUCAACUACUUGCCGUGGAUUCACGAAAAGCUUGCCAAUGAAUGUAUCUGCCCGCCAAAGGAUAUUGCCCGAAGAAUUUCAGAUAAUCUUAUGCGCAGAAGAAUGCAUCCGGAAAUGAAUAUUCCUUUGGUCAGCAGAUUGAUCAUUGGCACGAUAUUAGCAACGCUAGUGUUUGCUGGAAAUGUGGGCAAAGUAGAAGGAGGCACGCUUUGGAAUGAUACGGAACUGAUCAGUCGAAAUGGACGGUUUCUGUUCGAUACCUUGUUUGGACUGAACACGGCAGCCUUUUCGCUCGAUGAUGAUGACGACCUGACCAACAAUCAGGUGAAAAGCUGUGACUGUGAAUGUGGAGCAGCAAACCAGGAAAUACGAAUAGUUGGAGGGCGUCCGACCGGAGUAAACCAAUAUCCUUGGCUGGCACGCCUAGUUUACGAUGGUCAGUUCCAUUGCGGUGCAUCACUUCUCACGAAGGAUUACGUGUUGACUGCGGCGCAUUGUGUUCGAAGACUAAAACGCAACAAGAUUCGUGUAAUUCUGGGGGAUUAUGACCAGUUUGUAGCAUCAGAAACACCGGCAAUAAUGCGUGCGGUUACUGCCAUCAUACGUCAUCGUAGUUUCGAUCAAAACUCGUACAACCACGAUAUAGCUUUGCUGAAGUUGCGUAAACCAGUCGAGUUCACCAAAACUAUACGGCCAGUGUGUUUGCCCAAGGAACGCAGUGAACCGGCCGGCCAGCUGGGAACGGUUGUCGGAUGGGGAAGGACCUCGGAAGGCGGUACACUUCCAGCGUUAGUGCAGCACGUGGAUGUACCUAUUUUGACGCUCGAUCAGUGUCGCAGUAUGAAGUAUCGUGCGUCUCGUAUAACUUCAAACAUGUUGUGCGCUGGUAAAGGAAAACAGGACUCUUGUCAGGGUGACUCCGGUGGACCACUGCUGGUUCGAAACGGUGACAAACACGAAAUUGUAGGGAUCGUAUCGUGGGGCGUCGGAUGUGGCCGGGCGGGCUAUCCUGGUGUGUAUACGCGGGUGGCGCGAUAUCUUCCCUGGCUGCGCGCUAACCUGGACGACAGCUGCCUCUGCUCGAAGUGAUAUUAGAAGAGAAAGGAAAACGACUGUAAAUAAAGUGCGAAUACUACUAGCCGACUGACAAUACCACCGGAUAACUGAACAUUGUAUUCAAGUGUGUGGAAUGGGGUCGUCUCUUCUCAGCUGAGGGAUGCGAUCCGGAGGUUUGGGGCUGUUCCCAUUUUUCUCUCACCAUAUUGCAUACAGAGGGUGAUAAUUUGAUCGAUUUACCAAGCGACACAGAAUGUUUGCACUAAUUGGGGCAAAUGUACGGUGCCAUUGCUUUUGCUGCGUGUUGUGUUUCAGUGUUUUUGUGAGGAACGAAGCAAAGCAAACAACAGAAGAAAAGGCACAUGACACUGAUGUCGGCAUAUCGGAUGACGGAAGAACAAAAGCAACGAUUAAAAGAAAUGAGAGCAUAAAUAGUGUGGGCCGACUGGGAACCAACCAUGGUCGAUGUGGAAUGAAAGAAAUUUUCUCACGUACCGCACGCAGAAACAUGUAAGGAAUGUUUGGUUAACACACGACCGAAGGAAGAGUCUGAAACGUUAGCAAAAAGCUCAUUAUCGCACAUAAACUAUCAUAAUUGAAUCAUCAUCGCGUAGGGUGGAUGAGCGACAGUUACUAUUUAUUAGUGCGAAUUUUUUUUAAGAACAAAAAGACAAAUAACUUUCAUCAAAGGUAAGUUUAGAAAUCAUUGUAGCAGUUUAUGGAGCAUUUUUUUUAGUAAAUGUUCACCGAAAUGUGGAUCGCAAGUAAAUAAAGCUUUCGUGCCUUUUUUCGAUCAUCAUGCAACAGAAUUAUAACACGUUAACAUCUUUUCAGUCAUCAACAGUCUUAACACCAGCAGCUUUCAAUCUAUGUAAAUAGUAAUUUAAAAACUUUUGAUUGGGUAGAUACGAUGGAAAUUAUACAUUUGUAUUUGUAAAUGAUUUGCUUUUAUCAUCUGAUCUUUUCAAAUAGCUCAUAGUGAACAAUUUCCAUAUAAUUCCACCAACUGGUACUUUGAUGACGGUGAUACCGGACUUAGAAGUUUCUUAAUAAUUGUUAAUUUUUAUUAAUAUACAUUUAAUUUAUUUAGUUUAAUUUGUAUGAGAAUAACGUUUUAAUGUUUUUCGGGACAGCUGUUUUACAAUAUAUUUUAAUUAUUUAUUAAUAAUGUUACUAAUAUUUUAAUUAAUAAAGCCUUUACAAAUUAAAAUAUUAACAACAACACUGAUUAAUUAAAAAAAUAGUGUUAUCCUGUAUUGGAUUUCUUUAGUACAACCAACUUUAGUACAACAUGGCCACUGAGCUCAAGAAACUGGAAAACAACUGACAACUGCAG